AUGGAAGAGGGCUCACUGAGGCAGAACGGACAGGUCGUGAUCCAGAAGAGGGAGAUGAUUAGCAGCUCCAAGAUCCCACUGAAACAGCCCCCAGAUUCAUCAGAGCCAGAGAUCUUUACUGGAGACCCCUUUGGAUCCUCUGUCAUCUCUCUGAAAAAGGGAGAAACAGGACAGACAGCUGAGGUGGCGUCUCAGGUCUUUGCCUGCUCCCAGUGCCCAUUCACUCACAUGGAAGAAGUGAACCUUCAGCAGCACAUUGAGAAGGUUCACCCAGAGGAGUACAGCAGGAUUCUGGGAUCUGAAGGAAAUGGAGCAGAGAACCCACUGCCUCCCAGCAGCACCCCUCAGCACCCCACACCCCCUAAGACACUCCCCACCCCGACACAGUCCCACACAGGCAUCCCAGGGGCCCACACAUGUCCCCAGUGUGGGAAGAGUUUCAGAUACAUAUCACACCUUACAGCACACCAGCAAAUUCAUACAGGAAAGCGGCCAUACCACUGCUCCCAGUGUGGAAAGUGUUUCAACUACUUAUCACAUCUGAUAACACACCAAAGAACCCAUACAGGAGAGCGGCCAUACCACUGCUCCCAGUGUGGAAAGAGCUUCAGUCGGUCAAUUACUCUAAUACGGCACCAGCGAACUCAUACAGGAGAGCGCCCAUACCACUGCUCCCAGUGUGGGAAGAGUUUCGGUAAUUCAGGUAAUCUGAGACGACACCAGAAAAGUCAUACAGGAGAGCGCCCAUACCAACGCUCCCAGUGUGGGAAGAGUUUAUGUAAUUUGGAGUAUCUGAGAACACACCAGCGAACUCACACAGAAGAGCCACCAUACCCCUGCUCCCAGUGUGGGAAGAGUUUCCGUCAUUUAGGUAGUGUGAGACGACACCAGCGAACUCAUACAGGAGAACGCCCAUACCAAUGCUCCCAGUGUGAGAUGAGCUUCAGAUAUCGAUGCGAACUGACAAUUCACCAGCGAACUCAUACAGGGGAGCGCCCAUUUCACUGCUCUCAGUGUGGGAAGCAGUUCAAUCGGCUGUGUAAUCUGAGACGACACCAGCUAGGUCAUACAGGGGAGCGACCAUACCACUGCUCCCAGUGUGGGAAGAGCUUCAGGCAGUCAAUUACUCUAAAACAGCACCAGCGAACUCAUACAGGGGAGCGGCCAUACCCCUGCUCCCAGUGUGGGAAGAGUUUCUGUCAAUUAGGUAGUCUGAGACAACACCAGCGAACUCAUACAGGAGAGUGCCCUGACCUGCUCUUGGGAAGCAGUUUGGACGUAAUGCAAACAUGACUCAACACCAGUGAACCCGAAUAAGGGAGCCCCCUAACCGCUGUUCCUAAUGUGGCACAGUAAGAGGCACAGUAUUAUUUCUGAGAAAGCAGGGUUUAAUAUGGAGGCAGGGGCAUCUGCUGACAGCUUCAUUACAGCCAUCCACAAACUCACUGACCCCUUAGAGAAGAAAUCACUGGUGAUCAUCUGC